AUGAUCUCCAGGCUGAAGGGGUUGAAAAUUCGCAGCUUGAAGGUCCCAUCUGUGGGCUGCCUUAAGGAUGAUGAUAGCCCACCCAAUGCUGAACAAGCCCCACUGCCCACAGAGCUUCCUAGUUGUAGAAGGCAGUUGCUUGGGACAGUAAGAAGCGAAGGUCAUGCAGCCAAGAUGUGUCAGAAACAGAAUUUGAACCCCAACUUUUUUGGCCAUGAAGCCAGCUCUCCAUUCCCUAAGUCAUGCCAUAAAAUCCUCAAAGAUGCAAGUGAUCCUUUUGGGCCUGUGUUUUCUAAGUGUCAUCGGGGCAGUGCCAUUCUUUUUCCACUGAAUGUCUAUUGGCACACUUUGGUUCAGGCUUUUACCCUCUUCUCAUUUGUCAACAAGAUGCAAAAAGAAAGUAACCAAGACCGUGUUCCAGUUCACUACUUUGACAAGGGAAAAAAGCAAGAGGUAUAUCCUAAAAGAAAUGUUAUCCAAGAAAGUGACAAAUCCCAGGAUGUUUCUGCUGGCAAACAAACAGUGAUUAAAGAGCAAGGUACUGAUAGUAGCAAGACUUCCCACCAUGACCUGGAGGAUACUAUUUACGCUGAGUUCAUUGGAAAUGCCAAAACUGACCAUGGGGAGAGUAUUAUUAAGGAUCCACCUGACCAAAAAGCACAUGGUGUCAUUCUCAUUAACAAAAAUGGCAGAAAAUAUGCAAGUGCUCCAAGACUCUGGAUAGAGGAGAAAACUGAACAGACUGAAACUGGGAAUUCCAUUCACAAUAAACUUAAGGAACUUAAGUAUUCUGAAGCCCAAGGCAAAGGAGAUGAAGACAUUGAUAAUACCCAAAGAGGUAUCCAAAACCAAAAUAUUUCAGGAGACCACAGAACUAUUAGUCAUGUUCAAUAUACCAAUGAUCACUCAAAACUGACUCCAAAACACAUAAAGUUUCCAUAUGAUUUUGAAGGCAGUGGUCAAGGGAAAGAGGACAAUGACUUUUCUCCUUCCAGUAGAGAAAUAGUUGUUCCUGACACAGAAACCAUAAAUGGUUACACAAGUGUUCCAUACCCAGACAAUAAUAAUGCCAUUGAUCCCAACUCUAUACUUCUCAUAGGAAAAGAAGGCAAUAAUGAAGUUCCAGAAAAAGAGGUAUAUGACUUGAAUUCCAAUGGUAGAAAAUCUGCUGGAGACAUUGUUGGAACUGAUGGCAGGAAAACACCAAGAAAAGAGAACAGCAUCAUUGAUAACAAAAUUGUAAAAGAGAGUAAUGCUGUUAGAGGGGGUACAAAUUAUAGAGAACUUCCUGGAAAAGAAGGAGAAGCCAACACAAGCUAUACUUUUCAGGAGUCAGUAGGAAUUCAUCACUCUCAAGGAUCUAUGGGAAAGCAAAACAUUAUUGGCCAACAUGCUAGGGAAGGGAGUAAUGAUAUAAUUGAAGACAAAGAAAUUUCUAAAUAUGGCAAAGAUAAUACUAAAGCAGGUAUAGAAAGUCCUAAGAGAGAUCAAAAGACCAAAAAUGAUAAGGGAAAAAAAUUUGGUAAAGAAAAAAGUCAAGGCUUACUAAGUUCAUCUAAUGAUCACAUCCACCCUUUAAAAGCAGAAAAUGAAAUAAAAAAUGAGGAAAGUGUCCACUAUGGCUACCAUAAAGAGAGAAGUAUCACAAAACUUCCUAGUAAUAUCAGAAAAAACCAUUAUGCAGCACACAGAAGGCUCAGUUCUACCAAAAGUCACCAUGUAUCUGGAAGGAAAAGAUUCUGGGGUCAUACAAAUUCCCAUUCCAAUAAAAAAUUUAAACCUCCUAAAAGAAAUGAUAGCAGUGAUUCAACUUCCAGUGACUCAAGUGACAGUGAUAGUGACCAAUCCACUGAAUAUUUUCAAAGUGGUAAUGGUAAAUAG